AUGCCUCCGAUCCGCUCACGCAACUCGCGUAAACCCCCGCCCGCAGGUUUCGACGACAUCGAAGACACGCUCCUCGAGUACGCCAACAAGAUGCGCGACGCCCAGAACGCUUCACACGAGGGUAAAAAGAAGCACGAAACAACGUGGCCCAUCUUCCAGAUAUCCCACGCUCGGUCCCGGUACAUCUACGACCUGUACUACGAGCGCGAGGCCAUCAGCAAGCAGCUCUACGACUGGCUCCUCAAAAACGGGUAUGCCGACGCCAACCUGAUCGCCAAGUGGAAGAAGCAAGGCUAUGAAAAGCUCUGUUGCCUGCGGUGCGUGCAAACCAAGGAGACGAACUUCCAAGGAACGUGUAUCUGUCGUGUCCCAAAAGCGAGUCUACGCCGUGAAGAAGGUGAGGGAGGAGGCGGCGGUGGCGCCGGGAUACAAUGCGUCAAUUGCGGCUGCAGAGGAUGCGCGAGCAGUGAUUGA